AUGCCAAAAAAGCCUGCUAGGGCUAUAGCGGGAGGAGAAGGAUUGAACAUAAACCCUACCCUUCUGGCACUGAAGCCUCGCCCAGUCUCGUUGCUCUUCACCAGCAGCUCAAUGUCAGCCAAGACUCCAUUGGUGCUCAAUCCUGACCAGAGGGCUAUUCUUCUCCAUUCCCUUGCGCUCUUUCUUCAACGCUCCGGCUACUCCAAAACCCUUAAGAAGCUACGUACUGAAGCCAAACUCCAGGACCAGAAUGAUAUUUCAGAGGGUUCUGCAUUUGACAUAGAGGAGAUAUUUUGCAAAUUCUUAGAGACCAGUGGUCAGGGAUGCAAGAAACCUGAGAGCCUCUCCAGCAAGGAGGAAGAUUUAUGGACUGGUCAUAGUUCUGAUAAAGCUGGAACAUUUGUAUUUUCUGCUUCGGCUGACACUGUUAAUGUCAGAAAGAAAAAGAAGUCUGCUAAGAACGAGACAGAUACCGCAGAAAGGGCAUCAGGAGCUAGUGCUGAAUUUUAUGAUUCUGAAACUGUGGACAAACCAAAGAAAAGUACAAAUGACUUAGAAGGUAGCACAAAAGCUAAGCAGAAAAGCUCCAAAAAACUGUCUUCGCAACCUGUUUCUGCCAAAAGCGAGUCUGUAUCCGGGGGGGAGCAAGACCCAAAUUCUAUAUUGGAUUCUGCCACCGAUAGUUUGGAGAAAAGGGCUAAAUCCAAAGAGAAGAGACAAAAGAAGGAUUCUCUUGCUUCUCAAAAGUUGAGCAGUGCAAAUACUGAGAAAAUUGCUUUGAUGGUCAAUGAAAUACAGGGUAACGAGUCUAAGAAAAGGAAAAGGUUAGCCUCUGAGGAAGAUUCUGCUCCUCCAGAUGAUGGUAACCAGGUGGAAGAAAGAAAACGUCAGAGGACAGAAGCUGCUGCACAUGAUCUGCAGGCACAUGUAAACACAGACGAGAAGGAACACAAAGUUACGACCCAGAAAUCCACAAAAAAACUGCAAAAUGGCUCAUCAGAGCCGACAACAGCACAGCGUUUUCAGAGAGUGAAAGCUGAGGAGGUGGUGUUCUCUGAUGAAAGGCUUAAAGAUAAUUCAUACUGGGCGAAGGAUGGUGCUGAGACUGGGUAUGGCGCUAAAGCACAAGAAGUUCUUGGACAAGUGAAAGGGAGGGGUUUUAGGCAUGAAAAGACGAAGAAAAAACGAGGCAGCUAUAGAGGAGGGCAAAUUGACAUACACUCCCAUUCAAUCAAGUUCAAUUACUCGGAUGAGGAUUGA